AUGUUCAAUCGGCUGGCUGUGGCGGUGCAGCAGCAGCAGCAGCAGCAGCAGCAGCAGCACCAGCACCAGCACCACAACCACCGCCAGCAUCAGCAGCAGCAGCAGCAGCAGCAGCAGCAGAAGCAGCAGCAGCAGCAGCAGCAGCAGCAGGAGCAGCAGCACCACCACAACCACCGCCACCAUCACCAACACCAGCACCAGCACCACAACCACCACCAGCAUCAGCAGCAGCAGCAUCCGCAGCAUCCGCAGCAUCCGCAGCAGCAGCAGCAACAGCAGCAGCAGCAGCAGCAGCAGCAGCAGCAGCAGCAGCAGCAGCAGCAGGACCUGAGAGCGUGUUUUCUUUGUUUGAGGUCCCAAACGAUUGUCUGGCCGCUGGCUGUCCCCGUUGCUAUUAUAUAA